AUGGGGAACAACUGCUGUGCCAGCUCCGACGGCGAUAAAGGCGAUGUCGCCGUUACGAAGCAAGUUCGCGUCCAAGACAUCGUGGACGCUCACAGCUCCGUGGUCCAGUCUGGCGCAGACCUGGCUUUGCUGGAAAGGCUGGAAGGAUCCUCGUGGAUACGCAAGUCGGAUGGCAAUGCAAUGGGCCAGAUCCAAAACUCCGAAGUCGUUUGGGACAGCGGCUUCAAGUCCGCCAACAGCAAGCUGAGUUCGAACGGCACGGCCACGAUUGUCAUGAACAUAAAGGACAAGGACAAGUCCUACAGCUUCUCAGGUACGGUGGCCUUUGAGGACCCGGUGUCCAUCACCUGGUCGGAUGGCGACGUUUGGAAAAAGCGUUGCCGGGGGGGUUGGAAGGAUCGGCUUGCCCAGAGCACCAUGAGUCGAAGCAAUGUGGACAAGGAGGAAGCUGUUGCCAAGGAAGCCCAGGCCGCCUGUGAGAUCGACGAGAAGGAAGCCGGCGAGGCUGCAGCCACGGCAAAUGCGAUCAAGACAGAGUGCCAGAGGGAGCUGGACGAGGCGCUGCCGGAGUACUACGAUGCCAUUAAGGCCUUGGACUCUUUGGACAAGAAGGACAUCCAGGAGGUGAAGUCCUUCGCGAAGCCCCCUGCCUUGGUGGAGGUUGUCCUCAGUGCAGUGUGUUUGCUCAUGAACAAGAAGGAGACUUGGGACGAGGCCAAGAAGGUGAUGAACGACACGGGCUUCCUGCAGUCUCUCAAGGAUUACGACAAGGACGCUUUGGCCGGGAAUGUGAAGCUGACCCAGAAGCUCCAAAAGUAUGUAAAGCGGGAAGACUUUCAGCCAGAUCAGGUGCGGAAGGUGUCGAAUGCAGCCACGUCGCUGUGCAUGUGGGUACGGGCCAUGGACGUGUACGCGCGCGUGGCUCGCUCCAUCGAGCCGAAGAAGGAGAAACUGAAAGGAGCCGAGGACGCCUUUGCGACAGCGGAAGCAAAGUUGCAGGCGAAAAAAAAGGAGCUCCAGGUCGUACAAGACAAUGUAGCUGCGCUGCAGCAGCAGCUCGCAAAAGCCAGGAGCAAAGCGGAGAAGCUCGAGCAAGACGCUGAGACCUGCAAGGUCCAGCUAACCCGAGCGGAGAAGCUGCUGUCCGGAUUGGGCAACGAGUCUGUGCGCUGGGAUGCUGCUAGCCAAGUCCUGGAGAAGAACAUCAAAUUCGUGAUGGGCGACAUCGCCCUGGCCGCGGGCUUCAUUGCCUAUGCCGGGCCCUUCACAGCCUCCUUCCGGGGCACGCUGAUCGCCCAUUGGCUCGAAAAGGCGAAGGAGGUGAAUUUGACCGCAGACCCCGCUUGGAAGUGUUCGGACACUCUUUGCGAGCCUGCAGAGAUUCGAGAGUGGAACAUCAAGUCCUUGCCAGCUGACGACCUUUCUGUGGAGAACGGCAUCCUGGUGACGCGAGGUCGCCGAUGGCCGCUGAUGAUUGAUCCACAGGGCCAAGGAAACCGCUGGAUUCGUAACAUGAAGAAGGACAGUGGUUUGGGCAUCAUCAAGCUCAGCACUCCCAACUUCCUGCGAACGGUGGAGACCUGUAUCCGAGAAGGCAACGCGAUCCUGUUGGAAAACGUUGAGGAGGUGCUGGAUCCUUCCUUGGAGCCUGUGCUCCUCAAGCAGGUCUUCAAAAAGGGCGGCCAGCUUCUGCUACGACUAGGCAGUGAGGAUGUGCCUUACAAUGAGAGCUUCCAGUUCUUCGUAACCACGAAAAUGGCCAAUCCGCACUACCUCCCCGAGAUCUGCAUCAAGGUAACUGUCAUCAACUUCACGGUGACACUGCUGGGCCUGGAGGAUCAGCUCGUGGCGGAGGUUGUGAAGAACGAGCGCCCAGACUUAUCCGAGCUGCGCGCAGGGCUCGUGGUGCAGAUCGCUGCAGACAAGGCCGAGAUGGACCGACUGGAGCAGCUGAUUUUGAAGCUGCUCAGCGAGGCUGGGGACGAUCUUCUCUCCGACGACACCUUGAUCGUUACCCUCGAUCAGUCGAAGAAGACCGGGGAUGGUUGCAAGGAGCGAAUGGUCUCAGCCGAGCUGAGUAUGAAGGAGAUCGAUGAGGUGACGGAAGUCCUGAGGCCCUGUGCGACGAGGGCUUCGAUCAUUUACUUCGUCGUGGCCGACCUCGCCAACAUCGACCCCAUGUAUCAGUACAGCUUGCAGUUCUUCACGAGCCUCUUUCAGCAGAGACUGGCUGCCAGCCCGACGGCAGAAGACAUCAGCGAGCGCAUCCACAUCAUCAUCCAGGACUUCACCCAGUUCAUCUACACAAAGAUUUGCAUGGGCUUGUUCGAGGACCACAAGCUGCUGUAUUCCUUCAUGAUCUGCAACCGAUGCCUGCGCCAUGAGGUCCAUGCUCAGUUCAUGCACAAGCAGCGCAUCACCCUGCAGGAGUGGAGCUUCUUUCUACGCGGCCUCGAGGCCGGCAAAGGCAUUAUCGAUGACACACUGACGCAAGCAGUUGAGCCGCCUGCCUGGAUGACGGCACAAAGCUACCGGAAGAUGCUGGUCUUGGAGCAGUUGACUCUGAAAGCUGGCAGCGAGGUCUUUCAAGGCUUGGCCAAGGACAUGUUCACACCGGCGUGGGAGAACUUCGGCACGGACGAUCACAUGGCUGGCCGGAGCCUGCCAGGCAUGUGGGCAGAGAAGCUGACACCCUUCCAGCAGCUGCUUGUCAUCAAGUCGCUUCGGGAGAACUUCCUGCAGCUGGUCGUGCGAAACUUUGUCGGAGCAGAGCUGGGAAAGCACUACACAGUCUCCCCCGACUUCGACCUCGUUGGCUGUUUCAAGGACUCCAAGAAGACCAUGCCCCUAAUCUUUGUUUUGUCUGCCGGCGCUGACCCAACAGACUACCUGGUGAAGCUUGCUAAGGAUUUCGAGUACGAGGAGCGGCUGCACUUCAUCUCCCUGGGGCAAGGUCAAGGUCAGAAGGCUGAAGCCCUGAUCAAGCAUGGCCAAGAGACAGGCGAUUGGGUUUGCCUCCAGAAUUGCCAUCUGGCAGCCAGCUGGAUGCCAACGCUGGAACGCAUUCAGGAAAUGCAGGAUCCUGACAGCAUUGACGACAUGUACCGCCUGUGGUUGACCUCGAUGCCUUCACCAACGUUUCCGGUUCCAGUGCUGCAGGGCGGCAUCAAGAUCACCAACGAGCCGCCCAAAGGCCUCCGGGCCAACCUCACCCGAACCUUCCAGGAGAGCUCGGAUGCGAAGGAGCACUCCCGGUCGUUUCCUUGCACUUUUGAGCCCUUCCGAGGACAUCACGCCUGA